AUGGUAAUAUGGUCAGAGGAGAGGAAGAAGAUCAUAGUGAUCGAGCUCACAGUUCCGUGGGAGGAGAGAUGUGAAGAAGCACAUGAGAGGAAAGCUAGCAAGUACCAGGAACUGCUGCAGAGUUGCAAAGAGAAGGGAUGGCAGUCCUGGCUGUUUCCGGUAGAAUCUGGAGCCACGCGCACGCCACUUCACAAGGCAGCUUCAGAAGGACAUGUUGGUGUUGUUGAACUCCUCCUGAAGGCUGGAGCACGGGUGGACAGUACGGAUGAGUCUGGAGCCACACCACUUCACGAGGCAGCUUCAGGAGGACAUGCUGGUGUUGUCGAACUCCUCCUGGAGGCUGGAGCAGAUGUGGACAGUAAGGAUCAGUCUGGAGCCACGCCACUUCACAAGGCAACUUCAAGAGGACAUGUUGGUGUUGCUGAACUUCUCAUGAAGGCUGGUGCAGAGGCGGCAAGUAGGGAUGAGGGAAACAGCAGACAAACAGAAGACAGCAGUGUUCCACUGGAAAUACAGCUGCGUGGUCCUGGCAUGCAACAGCUGUACUCCCAGGCCUGCCGCCAGGGGGCGCGACCGGUGCACAGCACGCGCGGGCUCGUGGUUGGUCAGUACAGAUCCGGGAAGACUUGCGUCGUCAGGAGGCUGACAGGAGAGGAGGCUGUGGAGGAUGAACCGAUAACAGACGGCAUCGAGAUUUCACCGAGCGUGAUGACCACAACUUGGCAGAAGGCAAAAGAGGAGCCAGACGAGUUCAAGGAAACCAUGGCAGAACGCUUAGCGGAGCAACAAGAACGGGACAAAUCAGUAACCCUCAGGCUGACAAUGUCACAACCCCAAGAAGUAGUCCAGCAGCAGAGUGACAGCAAAACCCCAACGGAUGCUGGGAUUCAAAAACCAAAGGAAGAAACAGGAGAGCAGACGUUUCAGACGCAGAAAAAUGAACCACUAAAAGAGGAGACACCGUCACGAAGUCUACAGACAGCAAAUAUGGAAGAUAGUAGAGCAGAAAGUGCAGGCAAGGGUACAUCACAUCAAUCACAGCACCAACAGCGACUACAAGAUGACACAGUACAGCAGCAAACACAAGACAUUCCUGAUGACGUCAUAACAAAGGCCAAAGAGCGACUCCAAGGUGGCGUAACCGAGGAGCAGCUAGGAACAGCCGAACACCCGCGUCUCUCCAUCUGGGACUUCGGCGGCCAGGCCACGUACUACGGCUCGCACCAGUGCUUCUUCACCCCCCGCGGGAUCUACAUCCUGGUCAUGUCACUGCUGCAGAAGCUGUCAGACCCAGUUCCUGAUCAGGACUACAAGGCAGCUGCGGACAACCUCGUCACUGGAAGAGACUACCUGGACCACUGGCUGAACUCAGUCCGCACACACGGUCUGGUGCACGGACGGAAGGACAAGCCACCUAUCGUCUUGGUCCUCACACACAAGGAUAUGGUCACCGAGUCGGAGAUUGAGGAGUACAAGAAAGACAUACUUGAUCACAUCAGUGGUAAGGCUGCCGGCAAACACGUCUUACCAAAGAUUUUUGUCAUCGACAACUUCAGCGAGGAUAACAGCGACAUUGACGAGCUCCGAGAGUACCUCCGUGAGGUGGCGAAGUCUCAGUGGUACAUGGGUCAGGAAGUGCCUAUAACCUGGCUUCAUCUGAAGUCCAAACUGAUGGACAAGAGGGGAGAAGACGACCCAUUCUGCCCUUUCCAAGAUGCCGUAGAACUGGCCCGUGACGUGGGCAUCACUGAUGACAGUCAUGUUGCCGACAUCCUGACCUUCCUGCACGACCUUGGUGACAUCAUCUUCAUCAACGAACACAUCCUCCGUGAUCACGUGGCCCUUCGACCCCAGGUGAUGGUUGACGUCUUCAAGACCAUCAUUACCGUCCCUAAGUACCAACAAGACAGGAGCAUGGGUGGGGAGGUCGCCGAGAUGUGGAGGAGGCUGGAGAACGAAGGCAUCCUCAGCGACAGGUUGUUGACAAUCAUCUGGACCAAAGCAGAUCAGAAGAUGCAGAAACCCUACCUACUCCGGAACAAGCCCUUCCUAAAGCGACUGAUGGAGAAGUACUACCUCAUCUGCAACGCCACGCCGAUCAGUGGGUUUGAUGCCACAACGCAGGAGCCUGAGAAAGAAGAGCUCUACUUCGUACCAUCUCUUCUGGCCGCAAAGUCUGACGACAGCACCUUGUAUCCUGGGCACAUGAGCAGAUUCCGGUACCCUCUGCAUGUUGUAUUCGACAACAUGUUUCUCCCCAGCGGCAUGUUCUACCGUCUACAAGCGAUCUGUGUGCGCAGGUUUGGUCUUGAGGUGUCCCAGGUGUUUGCAGGCUGCGGCCGCUUUCCUACCGAUGAUGCAAAGCAACAGUUCGUGGUGACCAAGGUGAAGCACUACCUGAAGGUGGAGCUUCUGUCGUCUGAAGCUGAAGACAAGGCAGUGUUCACACAGGGACUUCCCGUUCGAAAGUUUCUCAGCAGCUGUCUCUUCGAGAUCAAGGAGAAGUGGAUUCCCUCCAUCCAGUAUGACUGGUGCUUCGGAGAGGAGUCAGAUGAAGGAGCGAGCAAACUAUCAUUCCAUCCGCUCUCUGACAUCGAGCAAGAAACGGCAAUGGGAUCCAGUCGUAUUCCAGAAGACUUUAACGCCGUCUGGAUGCGUGGUAGCGGUGCACUAAGGAUGUCCCAUGCAGAGAACUCAGGUGGUGACGGACUAGUGAUGAUAAAGCCCACAACGAGCCCAGCUGACAUCAGUGCAGUCCGCACGAUCGGUCCAGUCCUGGACUGUAUGGAGACAUGCAGAGCGCUGAAUCUGGCGGACUGUGAUCGAAUCAGACACGAGCUCACAUUCGUCAGCAGGUUCCAAGAGUUGGUUGCUACCGUCAACGAUGCUGGAGACGUGUGUCGUCGCUUGCUGGGCGCGUCUGUAGAAGUUUGCCUACCAGAGAGAGCACCUAUGUUCCUCAGAGAAGAGAGAGGUAAUGACAUUGUUAUCCUACACGUUGAAAACUACGAUGACAAGCUCGUACAGCCACUGGUGGAGCAGAUGGUCAAGUCGUCCAGCAGGUACGGUGUCACGGUUUGCGAAGACGUCAUCAAAUCAGGGGAUGACAUCACUGACAAGAUCUUGGAUCAUCUUCUCAAACGUAACGCCAGAAUGGUCGUACCAAUCAUCACGCCACAGGCUCUCCACGGCAGACACUGGUCCGCGCUCGGGUACGAGUUCCCCGUGCAGAACAAGAACAUGGUCUUUCCCGUCCUCGCUUAUCCUGAAGGGACUAGGGAGCGUUUGCUGAAGGUGCUCGGCAGACGCUGCGCGGGGAUGCUGGAUAUGCCAUCUACAAAAAAAUCCUAA